GCCAUGGAGCUAGACUUCGCACACUUCGACGAGCGAGACAAGGUGUCCCGGGCUGCACGUGGCGGACGAUUGAACGGACUCCCCAGCCCGACCCAUAGCGCCCACUGCAGUUUCUACCGCACACGCACCCUGCAAGCCCUAUCCAACGAGAAGAAGGCCAAAAAGGUGCGCUUCUACCGCAACGGGGACCGCUACUUCAAGGGCAUCGUGUACGCCGUGGCCAAUGACAGAUUUCGCACCUUCGACGCGCUGCUGGCCGACCUGACGCGCUCGCUGUCCGAUCACAUUAACCUGCCUCAAGGUGUCCGCUUUAUCUUCACCAUUGAUGGCUCAAGUAGGAUCUCGGCGCUGGAUGAACUGGAGGAAGGGGAGAGCUACGUUUGCGCCUCUGAAAACAUCUUCAAGAAGGUGGACUACACAAAGAACGUCAACCCCAACUGGUCUGUGAACGUGAAGACCUCAGCCAGCCAGAAGAACAUUCAGUCAUUGGCAGCAAGGGCAGCUAGCGAGCCCCGAGAGCAAAGCAAAGACUUCGUGCGACCCAAACUGGUGACGGUGAUGCGCAGUGGCGUCAAACCGCGCAAGGCCGUGCGUGUCCUGCUCAACAAGAAGACCGCGCACUCGUUCGAGCAGGUGCUCACCGACAUCACUGAGGCCAUCAAGCUGGAAAGCGGGGUCGUCAAGAGGAUCUAUACGCUGGAUGGGAAGCAGGUGACUUGCCUUCAAGACUUCUUUGGGGACGAAGACGUCUUCGUCGCAUGUGGACCUGAGAAAUUCCGCUAUGCACAGGACGACUUCUCUCUGGAUGAGAAUGAGUGCCGAGUGAUGAAAAAUCAGAAAGCUCAUCGUGGUUUAAUCAAGAGUCCUGGAUCGGCCAGACGCUGCAAGUCCCCUGCAGAAUCAAUGAAUGGGACUGGCUCCAGUAGCCAGAUUUCCACCCCGGUCUCCAAGCACUCCCCCACUUCCAGCCCGACUAGUCCUGCACUCAACAAUACGCAGAAGGAUCUCUACCUACCCUUAUCUCUGGAUGAUGAUGAUUCUAUCGGGGAGUCCAUGUAG